CAGAGGGCAGAGGCUGGGCGCGGAGCCGGGCAUGGAGCACGCCCUCGUCCUCCCACCAGCAGCAGGCGUGGGGAGAGGGCAGUUUCGGCAGCCGGCUGAUUCAGGGAGGCGAUUGCACCACGCUCGUCCUGCCCCGCAGCUCCCGGGGCAAGAGCCCAUCAGUGUGCUCGGGCUCAUCCUGGGCCUUGGGCUGGCCCUGCUGAUCCUGGUCCUGUUUGGCUAUGCCUUUGUCCGGUGCUACCAGCAGGGCCGGUGCUGGCGCCGGCCUGACUUUGUCUUCAACCUCCACCACAGCUGCGGGCUGAGGUCGGUGGCAGUGGAGCUGACACCACCAUUCAGCAUCAGCGGCUUGCUGAGCGAGGCGGGGGGUGGCUACGUGCGCUUCCAAGAGCAGGGGCUGUGAGGCUGGCAAGCAGCUGUGGUCCCCUCCCCGGCCAUGGGCAGAGCCGAAAGGUGCCUGGGGCUGGCUGCUCUCCGGGGGCCAGGGCAUGGGCUCAGCCUCCCCUUGCUUGAAGUGGAAGAAACAGGGUGCUGCUUCAUCCCGAGCACCCAAAGAGAAGCAAACUGUCCCCGCAGUCCCCGUGGCUCAGACAUCCCAGCGCUCAGGACCAGCCGGCUGUGUGCCCAGGAGCAGGCGGAGCAGGGCUGCAGAAGGGCGAGGAACCCGCUGAAGAGCCAGGAGCCGCAGAAAGGGCCGGCUUUGUGCAAUAGGGGAAAACGCGCAAGGAAAUGAGACUGCUUCGCAUUUCCCUCGGCCAAAUAUCUGAGCCAAUGUGGAAAUUUCUGCCAUCUGCACUGACCCUGCAAGCGAACGCGUCAGAAAGCCCCUGUGGGUUCCCUUGUGGCUUUCUGGUGUGGCUUGCAUGGGCCGUGGCAGCCUGGCACCAGGGUGGCUCGGGCGCAGCAGGACAGAUCCCCGGGGCUGUACUGGGACAGCUCUGCGCCGUGUCAGAGCACCCGGCACACCGUGAGCCCACCGUGGGGUGGGGAUCAGUGCCCGUGGCCUGGUGGCGUCUUAGUAAAAACAGGCCAGGACGCCUUGCUCCUGUCCCACCGUGCGUGCGCUGCGUGCCGCUUGUCCUUGUAGUCCCCAUUCUGCGGGCACACAUCCAGCCGGGUGCCCAGGGGGUGCCCAGCACAGCACCCUCUGCCAAUAUGUGCUGCAGCCCUC